AUGGCGGCGAGGAUCCUUUGCAGGCUUUCAAAAGGCGCGGCCGGCGCCGCCCGUGCUGUGAUGCUCUCGCCUUCCAGUCGCCCCGUACUGCGGCUUAUGCACGCCACAACGAGUCCGUCAGUCAAGGUAGGAGCUCCGUGUGCGUACGCGCCUGCGUAUGCAUCGUUUCGUUUCGUUGUACUCAUUAGAUAUCUCAAAUUGUGAUCGCAUGUCAUCUUCCCUAACGAAGGAUAGAAGGCUGCCAAAACCCUCGAAGCUAGAUAGAAUGAUGGAUUUACCAAAGUUUUUGUGCCUCGAUGCAGUUUGUAGAAUGUCCAUAACACCGGAGACGAUGCGAUUUCCUUGUGCAUUGCUCUGCGACUACUUCGGUUUCGCAGUAAAUCAGAGAUUCGUAUGGUUGUGGCUUUGAUUCAGUGAGGCCCUUGAGAAGAAUACAAUAUCAUGUCUAUAAAAGGAAAGGAUGGAGGACGAAGAAUCAUACCAGGUGGGGAGAAGGAAGAUUGAUUUAUAGCUCGAGACUGAAUAAAUCAAAGGGCAACUGAGAAAGAAGAUCAUGAUGUGGAGAGGAUAAGGAACAUUGAUGAUUAGUCAGCAGGAUCAAAAAAAGAGUAGAGGGGACAUGCAGGAGUAGGAUCCAGUACUAAGUCACCGGCUCAAGACUUGAUAGCUUGCUUACUUACUCUAAGAUGACCAUAAAUUACACAAAAAUAUUAAUAUUUUCUGUUUUCCAGGAUGAACCCUAGCAUUCAGAUGCCUCGUUCUACAUCAUUUCAUAGUAAAAAAGGUCUCAGAUCAAUAGAGAAGUGGGGUGUUGUCUCCCAUUUGGGAGAACCUCGGAUGACUUCAUUGCUUGGGAUGCUCAAUGAUAUCUUGGUACUGCCAAAUUUUCAUGGAAGCGUGGCGAUGUAUUAACCAUUGAUACAUAUUCUCUAUUUUUUUCCCGUAGGUGCCGUGUCAUAUGACUGAGUUAUUCAAACUCGGAGGCUCUGGCCCACAAAGAUUUGGCUUUUCUUCGUCCUCAUACCCACAACCUGAUGAAAAAGAGGCAGAUGGUACCUCUGAUGAGAAAGGAACCGUGGAGGAAGAAGACUCUCUUUUGUCAAACUCUUCUUCUCACGUUGACCCAGUCAAUGAGUCAACUGAAAAUCCCCGGCGAGCAGAAGAUAAGAGCUCCAAAAAUUCUCACCCCCCCCCGCCGAAGAGGAGGAGGAGGAGCUUCAGACGGACUGCAUUUUCUGAUUCAGACGCAGAGCCUGAGCUAGCCAUUGAGGAUCUAGCAAAGCUUGUUGCAGACAAGGAGGAGCUCCUGAAGCUGAAGCACAAGGAGAUUGAGAAAAUGCAGGAAAAGGUUCUUCUUAGCUAUGCAGAUAUGGAGAAUGUGAUCGACAGAACAAAACGCGAGGCGGAAAACUCCAAAAAGUUUGCCAUUCAGGUUUGUUUUUCUCAUAUAUACUUGCCAUUUCAGUCAGUUGAGAAUAGCCGUAUAUUGUUUAUAGCUGAAAUAAUACAAUCAUGUGAUCAUAUAUAUGGCCUAAUCAAUCGUUGUCCAUUUCCAUCGUAUGCCUGAUUGUUCAUCAUCCUCUUCCAAUUUUUUAGCACAGAAUUUUGCACAGAGCCUGCUAGAUGUCUCUGACAAUCUGGGAAGGGCAUCAUUAGUUGUUAAGGAAAGCUCCUCAAAGAUGGAUCCAUCCAAGGAUUCUGCUGGGGCUGUGAAGCUUCUCAAGACACUCCUGGAGGGCGUUGAGAUGACAGAGAAACUACUAAUGGAGGUAUAUCAUAAAUUAUCGCAAGUUCUUAUCUAAAUUCUUAGAAAUUCCGGCAGAAAUAGCAAUUUUUCCUUAUUUUGGGUCUAUCUUACCAAUUUGGAUGCUCUUGGACAUUUUUUUAAAAAAUGUAUUUUUUCCAGGUUUUUAGGAAGUAUGGUGUGGAGAAAUUUGAUCCUUCUAAUGAACGUUUUGAUCCGCACCGGCAUCUUGCUGUCUUUAAAAUACCAGAUGAUUCAAAGCCUCCAGGGACAGUGGGCGCCGUCUUGAAGGUCAGUCCCUCCACAGUCAGCUUGUUUCAGUCUGUCUGGCACUCUGCUUAUAGUAGUAGUCAACCCCCAGUAGGUCUGAAGUCAAGCGCAGAGAUAGAAAUAAGGCCAGGCCGUGAAUGUGGCCUGAGGCAGCCUAUUUUCCGGGCUUUGCUCUUAAAGUCAAACCCAGAGAUAGAAAUAGGACCAGACCGUAAAUCUGGUCUGAGGUAACCUGUUUUGCCAGGCUUUGAUCUUAAAGUCAAACCCGGAGAUAAAAAUAGGACCAGCCCAUAAAUGUGGCCGGAGGCAGCCUAUUCUGGGGGCUUUGAUCUUAAGGUCAAACCCAGAGAAAGACACAGCGCCAGCCCAUAAAUUUGUCCUGAGGCAGCCUACUUUCCAGGCUUUGAUCUUAGAGUCAAAGCCAGCAAGAGAAGCAGACCAGGUCCAUUAAACGUGGACUGAUACCGCCAUUUUCUGGGCUUUGAUCUUUGACUCGAAACCCUGAAACAGAAGUCAACCCCCCGGGUGAACCUGGCUUGAACGGCCAUUUUCCGGGCUUUACCCUUGAAAGUCAAAACCAGAAACAGAAGUGUAGGACAAGCCAGCAGAAACAGAAGUGUAGGCUCUGACCUUAAAGUCAAACCAAAAAACAAAAUAGACCCAGCUCGUAAACGUGGCCUGAUGCAGCCAUUUUCGUUUCUUCAGUCUUAAAGUCAAACCCAGAUACAGGAACAGAUCCACCCCAAAGCUCACACCGGUUAUGGUCUGGCUUCAAAACUUUCAAAAGUCAACUGCCAUGAAUCUCUUCUCUUGUGAUGCAAAAACUUAAGAGAAACUUUGAUUAAUUAUCAUUUGACGGGGAUUCUUGCAGCCCGGGUACAUGCUCUACGACCGGGUUCUCCGGCCGGCUGAGGUUGGCGUGACAGAAGAAGCUUCAGAUGAUCCUGCUUGGCAGACUCCAGGGGAGUGA